CCUGUUCUUUUGUCAGUGAUAUAGAGAUACACUGCCGUUUAAAUGGAUGUAGAAAUAUAUAGAACAUUUUUUCGAAACAAGAGUCAAUUUCCAGAAGUGACUAGUGAGGGAAAUAUCGAUACAGUUGACUUUCUAGAAGCUUCCAGGGGAAUAGUGUCGUUUAUUGAAUUACUUGGAAAGGCUUUCCUUCCAGUGAAGUAUGAUGUCAAUGGAAACAUUGAGCUUCCAGGGACUGCUUGGCCUCUGAACCCCAUAUAUUUUUUUCACAUCGUGGGUGAAGCUCCAACUCGUGGAGAUCACCUUAUGCCCACUUACAUUCUGUGUACACUCAUGGCCUUAAAGAAUUACUGUAAGAAAAUGUAUAUCAUAUCUUCUCAUUGUGUGAUGUUGAAAUUGUUGAGGGUGGAAGUUGCAGAACAUCUGAGUGCAAAUGAUCAUUGCCCAAUUAGGUUCAGUAUUUUGCUUCAUAUGGAGGUCAGGAAUAAUAUUUUGGUUACAAAUUUCAAAAAUCAAAUUUUGAUGGGAUGGGCCCUGGAGUAUAUUCAAGUUUUUCUGUCAUGCUUUGUUGAAGAUUACAUCCAAGGAAAUUACACAGAGGACUUGGUGCCAUUUUUUAGAAAAGCAUAUGAGGAAAAACUAAAACAGUAUCAUGGAUUUAUUAUUCAAAAUCUUUUUGGACUUUGUCUUCGAGCAGCUCCUGGAAGAAAACAGUUAAUUUCGUUGUUGUCUAAUGGGAAAGAAGAUAAAGAAAAAGAAGUUUUUCUGGAUUUAAAAAAUUUUCUAGUAGGAAUGACUGCAAAUUUAGACAUUAUAGUUGACUUGUACAGAAAAUAUAACUUUGAGGUUUAGCAGCAUGAAAGAAUAUGGAAUGGAAGAGUUUAAUAUGGGUGAGCCACAUUGAUUGGACGUAUCUCGAUUAAUUCACUAAGCCUGUUUUAACUUAUAAGACCUUUUUUUUUACAUUUUGAAAUGCACUGCCAGCUGUGUCUAUUUCACUAUUUGUGUGCUGCAGCAACAUUUUUAAGACACGUGACUUACCUGUAUAAAAUUCUUCUAGUAUGCAUGCAACCAGUUAUUUUGAAUUCACUCUCUUUAGAAGAAGCUUGUGUUUGUCAACAUACAGUCAUUAUCACAACUUGUGCACAUAGUAACAGUAAUGAUGAUUCUUGCGUUUCAAGUUUAAAAGAAUUAACAAUAACGUGUGAUAAACUGUUUCUUGGCCAUUGUAGAAAGAUGUGUUACUAUUUAGUAAUGAUUACCAAUAUCUUGUAUGAGGGAGGAGCAAUUUGAACAUCUGUCAAAUACAACUUUUGUGAAUACGUGUUCAUUAAACAUAAUUUCUCAUUCAGUUAACAGCUGUUCAUUCUGAUUGUAAUUUUGACAUCACAGUGCAUUCUCAUUAGACCACACUUCUGUAAAUCUAGAACGGAAAAAAAAAUGAACUUUUGAUACAUAUUUAAAGUAUUUUAAAACAAUUUCUGUUGUUAGUUUCCAAAUGAUAUUUAAAAAUAAUUCAAUGUUUUUAUUAACCAAACACUAUUUAGUAUGUAAAUCUUCAAGUCAAAUAUUGCUAAUAUUAGAUUUUUGUAAAAAAUUUUCUUAAUAUCAACAAGAAGAUAUAAAGGAAUAUUUCUAGUUGAGAUGCUGAGUAAGUAAGAAUUAUAUAGUCUUACCAGGGAAAUAUUUAAUUGUGGAAUAUUAUCUCAUUAUAUAUAUAUAUAUAUACACACAAAAGUUCCACAGUUAAGGAAAUAUUAGCCAAAAUAAGUUACCUACAAAAACAACAACACCAUAAAAAUUAGAAAUUUUCAGAUAUAACUAGAGAAUACACAAAUGUAACACCAGCAGGACAUAUUAACCAUUUUUUAACCUCUCAGUAGAGAAUUUUAUGCAGCAAAAUCUCCCCAAAUUACUUCUCAUUCUUCUUUUAUGUUUUAAUGCAUAACAAAUCUGGAGGUACUAAAGUUAACUUUUGGGAUAAAUUACAUAGGCUAGUGGUAAAUAUAAAGUUUCCUUAAGGCUUUUCUCCAGCCAUUUUUAAUUGAAUGAUAUGAGUAUCAAAUGGCAAACAAUAAGAGGUUUUAUAACUUUCUUUUUUUAAUUACAUGUGUAGGCCUAUAUAUAUAUACAGCAUAUUAGCUAACUCGAGCAUGCAACAUAUAGUAGAUGACAGAAUGCAGCUGGAAUUCUGAUUUGUUUAGAAACAUGAUUAAACUGAGUAUACAACAAUGUUGAAGUUAUGGGUUCUGUAUAUUUUUUGUUCAGUUUUAGGUUUUUUCUAGCUAAGUGUUAUGUAAUUUGAAAUUAUUUAAAGAUCCGUUUUAUGCAUUUUUGUUGAAUUGCUGAUAACUAUACUUUAAUGUCACCUGGUACAUGAAAGGUAAUCUUGAUUUUUUGCUCAUUUUUCCAGUAUAAUAUCUGAACUUAGUUUUUUGAAAUAUUAUCUUUGUAGCAUUAGAUGAAAAAUAGGUUAGAAUUAUAUCACUGUUUUUAACACAUCUGAUUCACUUUAUUAUUUUUGUACUAAAGUGUACAAAGUGUAUUAGAUUUAAAGCUGACAUUUGAUAUUUAAACCUAUAUCUAAAAUUACAACAAUGAAACAACUUAUAAGAACUUAUUUUGUAUGUUGGUAUAGUAGUCAGCUGUUGUAAGAGAUUAGAUAUUUUCUCUUCUGAUACUUGGAGAAAUAUUUUUUUAGUGAGUAUUGAUUUUAUUAAAGGUUGUACUAAAGCUAUAGGACAAAUGUUUUCUGAACAGCUGUUGCUUCAAUGAGCAUUAAUGCAUUACUUAUGUUAGAAAUUAAAAUUUCAUAUAAAGCAUAUCUCCUUUAUAAGCACCAAAGAAUACAUUUUUAAAAUAUUUGUAUUUUUCAAAUGUGGAUUCUUAAGAUUGUUUGAUCAGUAAUUGUUCAAAGUAUUUAGGCUUGGAGCCAGUACUUGUUUGUUAAUACGUGUAAAUACGUAAUGUGAUAUUCAUUUUCUCAUGUUAUGUUGUUUAAAAACACAGAAAAAUCUUUUCAGGUUAUCAGGUUUUUUUUCUGGUUGACUGUAAUGUUGAUAGUGUAACUGGAUAAUUUGACAGACUUUGGACUUAUUGGCCAUUGAAGUAACAACAAUAACAACACCAUAAAUGCCAUUUUUAGUUUAAAGUAAGCCCCGAGGAUUAUGUAGUUGAUUUAAUGUAUGAACUACACUGUGUGAAAUUGAUGGUUAGCACUCAUAUGAGGUACAUCUGUUGAUGGGCAACACGUACUAGAAUUCAUAUAGUCUUUUGUACAAUAUUUUCAUAAAACAAAAGAAAAUUGAAACUCAUCAUGCAUCAUAUCAUGUUAAGAUGAUUUUAGCAUCUCUUAUCUGCAUGUAAUUCAAAAGUUAAUUAAAACAGUAGAUUUUUCAAGAUUAGACUUUAUCUAUAAAAUACUUUGACGUGACUGAUUAUAUCCUUGUUAUAUAACAUUUUGUAAACUGUACUUUAAAAAGGUGCAAAUGUUACAAGUUAAUAGUGUAAACAUACUUUAUUAUAACUUAUACCUCUGUGUCAUUAUCAUCAGUUUUCUUCUUCAUUUGCUUAAAACAAGUUUUUCUUUAUGUAAUCCCGAUAACACUGAGAAGUGUACAAGUUGUAAUUUAAGUAAUAUCAGUUGCUAUGGUGAUAUUUCUUCAUUUGUUUAGGUUCUGAAAGUAGACUAGUCUAUACUAUAUUAAUGCUUAUGGUACUGUACAAUAUUUUGAUGAAAUAGAAAAUAUCAGUUAAGGCUAUAAUGCAUAUUAGAAAGUGAAUUUACAUGUAUAGGACUUUCUAUCUCCUGUGUUGAAACAUUUUUACUGGAAGGCACUUUACUGAAUCUUGUUCAUGACUCAACAAAAAACAAAAGUUAUGUGAGGGAGGAGAAGUUGAAUACAAGAGUUUGUUCAUUUUUUCUCAUUGAAUUGCUUUAUUGUUCAAGAACUUUUUUUUAUUGUUAUGCUUUACAUUUCAUUAGUAAUGUUUUUCAUAUUAACCUUUUAAAACUACUCUUUACAAGUCUGCUGUACAUAUGUGUGUGGUAUGAUGUACAGUGUAGGACUUGGCUUCACAAGUGUAAGGCCCCAAAAGCAAUUUUAAAAGUGAGUACAUGCUGUUUUAAAGAAUUAAACAUAACAUAUUUUGCUACACUUUUGCAAGAGAUAUAUUAAUGGAUACAUUUUAAAUAUUAUUUGUAACUUACCAGUGUAAGACCUUUAACAAUCCCAUACUCCAAUGCAGUUGUUUGUGCUUAAGGCUGGCUCUGCUAGGAAAUGACUUUAAAGAGGCAAUAGGGACAUAAUUUUAAGUUUUACGGAGUUGUGAAAUAAUCAUGUUAAGCUUUUAUAAAGGGGGAAUUAUUUUAUUUCUUAUUGGUAAUUAAGUAGCAUUGAUUGAAUUCAUUAAAUUGAACUGUCUUAUAUUUCCUUUUUUAGGUGUUUUGUUUGAACUUUUCUUUGAGAUGGUCCUACAUAAACAUUCUUAUGAGAAACUGUCUUAAGUACUUUUUUUUGAGAUUAUACAGUAAAUGUUUUACUUUAAUGAAUCAAUAAUGUUUACUUGUAAGUUAAAUGGAAGAAGCAUCACUCUUUGUAGUUUCAAAUGCAAAGGUUCAGAUUCCUAGGAAUUGUGUCAGUAUGUUUGGGAUAUUGUGUUUUUUGAGUAAACAUACACGUACUUAAUUCAUUUUAUUGAUUUAACAUUAUGGUUACUUUUAAAAUAAAAUGUUUCUUAGCCUCUGUUAGGUUUGUAUCCCAAUGUUCAGAUAAAGUAAUGUUUAUUUUUUAAUAUCAGUGUUUUCAUACCAAGAUCUUUGGUUCAUUCACAUGUUCAGAUGAAAUACUCUUACUUUGGUGUUGUGGGUGCCAUUUAAUAGGUUGAAGUACUUUCAUUUUGAAAUAAUUUAUUUCCUUUUAAAUCUGAAAACUAAGACAUAUCAUUAUUGGGUAUUUUAAAAGUUUUCAAAAGCUAGUUUAUCAGCAUAUUGCCAAAUUGUCUACUUUGUUUGGUGCAUGAAAGACUGAAGUGUCAUACAUUUGAUGAUUCCUUUAGUUUUAAUUAUUCUAAUUUUGUUACUUUUUCACUUCAUCUUUACCAUUACAUGUACAUGAUGAACCAACCUAAAAUGAAUACUCUUUUUGACAUAAAGUGAAAAAAAUUGUUUGCAAACAAGCAGUUUUUAUUUAUGUAGAAGUUACUGCAACACUAACUUGACUGUUAUCUCUAGAUGUGUGGCCCAUUAAUAACAAAUAUGUCAUGUUUACAUCUGUGUUUUAAUUAUAAAAGUUUUAAGAUUUUGUAACAUUCAGAAUAUUCAAAGCAUAAUGUUGGGUAGUUGUAUGUUAUGUCUGUAUAGAAUUGUGCAAGAUGGAAUUUUUAAAAAAAUCAAACUCAUUAAGAUGCAUGACUGAAUUAGAUAUCAGAUAUUAUAAGAGUUUGUUUGUUUUGGAAAUUUGAGCAAGCUACACGGUACCCCAAGGUCUUUCUGGUAAUUAUACACCUAAUAUUUAUAUAGUUGUCUGUUUACCAUCCAGAUCAUAUAAUGGAGUAAAUUAAACUAAUAAUAUAAUAAACCUAGAUAUAUACAGGUGAUAUAAUGGGGAAAAGUAUUGUAAUUAUUGUUUUAUUUUAUAUUAAACAAGUGGUGUCUAAAUGUCCUACUUCAUCAUUUUUUUAGGUGUCUAAUUGUCUGGUGUCUAGUUGUCCUGGAUUCAAUAGUCUAGAGGGAGGGCAGUUUGUCAGUGACACCUACCACCAAGUCUUGGGCUAUUUCUUUUGAAUAAUAGGGUCUAACCAUCACCAAACUUCGUAGCAUGAAUUUGAGACAAUGGGACACAAACUACAGAUCCCUGGAUUCACAGUUUGGCAUAAUAACCAGUAGACCAUGCUUGACACAUAUUAUAAAGGAUACUGUGUGUUUAAAUGGAUUUCUGGAUACAAGUCUAUAUACCAAAUAGAUUCUGGUUUUAAAUAGCACAAGGAAAAUAUUGUGUUUAUUCUGUGAAUAGCUUUCAAAGGUGUUAUUCACCUCUCUCUGAACAAAGAGAUAUUACUGCCAUGCAAAUUCUUACACAUGCCACAAGUCUGGAAAUAAACCUCCACCCCUAUAUGUGUUAAAUGUAUUGCACUAGCCUAUGAUACUAUCCUCAUUAGACUAUAGUUCUUUACUAGUAGAAGGGUGACACAUCAUCCAUGUGCAGUAUUCCACAUUUCUUCUACUUUGGCAUCUUUAGUUGAUUCAGCUCCUCAUCUCUGCUCUUCUCACUUUGGUUUAUUGCCUUUGGAACCAGGAUGCCCUACCAGAUUUCUCAUCAUAUAUGGCCUUCUGGGGUUGCCCUUCUUCCUGUUCCUUGUUAUCAUCCAAGAUCCACCCUUCUUUGAGGGCUAACCAUUGUGGGUCUUGUGGUGAUUUUUUCUAGUGUCACCUCUUGGCUCUGGUCUUUUGGAAGUUCUGCUCUAUCACUUUGUAUGCUUGUAGUCUUCCUUUUCUACAACAUUCAGAGUUCUUCAGGGGUUUCUGUGUUUUUUUCUUGUUUUUCUACACUGUGAACAAAGAGCUAUUACCUUGUGUGCACUGCCAUUUAAAUUCUUGCACAUGUCAUAAGUCUUGCAAAAAUAUCCCACCCCUACACGUGUUAACAUGUAUUGCACCAGCCUAUGAUGUUUGGUUGGCAUGGGAUAACUCCUUUUCCACUCAUUGUGUCGAGCCUAGUUGAACUACUAUCUUAUUUUUGGGAGAGCUGGGGGUUUGACAUAUCUACACCCAUUAGAUAAUUUCUUAUCACUUUCCAUUUAUGUGCACGGUGAAACAAACUAUGAUGUCUUUGUGUAAUGUAAAAGUACGUCAGUUAAUUGUUACUGUAAAACUGUAUAAUUUGUAAUAACAUAUCGUAUGUGCCAUAUAGCUAGGGGCAUCCGAGUACUGAACUUGUGGGUGGUUUAUGUUGAAUAUGUUCACAUGACGGAAUCAAACUCUCUAAUUUACUUGCAGUAUAUAAGAAAACUUAUUUAUAACUGAAGAAAGUUGUAUGUAGUGUUAUAUGAAAAUGUGUAUGAUUUUGUAGGUAAAUAAAAAGGUUGCAUGAUAUUUUUUUUGUGUCAUGUGAGAGAUUAUUAUGUGAUAGGAUGUGCAAGGGGUUUUACUCCUGUUUUUUUGUUGUUCCUGUGAUGGUGGGUAGUGGUGGCCAGUCAUCAGUCUGUCCCACUUGACCCAGCUUUGGUCUUCUCAUGGAUCGUUUAUUCGCUCUGAAUUAGGCACUCUCCCCAGUGGUGGAUGACUUGAUUCAAGGUCUCAGACUUUUUCUCUAUAUCCCAAUUUAUCUGUCUGCCUUUUGCUUCUUUUGUUUCAUCCACCAUAGUUGAAUAUUCAGUUCUCAGCCAUUUCCUUUGAGUUGGCUUUGGCCACAUCAUUUUUCUUUGGGUCCUGUGGGUUUUUGCUCAGCAGUUAGAAACUUGAGGCCUAUUUAUACUACUGCUCUAUGGAUGUUUGGCUUCUACUUGCCCCUUCCAAUGUUGCUUUAUCUGUUGUGACCUUCCUUCUCUAUUGGAAAUUGUCUCCUUUGAGGUGGCUGGUUUGGUUAUUUAAUUCAGUCUCAAUCCUUAACCUGUAUCUCAUUCAUUUCUCACUUUGUAUGCAUGGCAGGCUCAGCAUACUUCUUUACAAACUUGUGACUUAUAGCUAUGGAUCUGUAAACUCUCAUGUCUCCAUUUUCUGCAUAGAGGACUUAUCUUUUGGGCCAUCUUUUUUUUUUCUUGAGUCCAUUGCUCUUCUUGAUAGUGCCCAUAGUGUCCCCUUCAGUGCUUUUGGCCUGUCAGUGUGGGUAUAUACAGUGAUCUAUUGUAGUCUUUCCCUUCCCCUCUUGCCAUUGUAAUGGCUCACUUGAUCCCACGUGACCCUAGAUGUCCCUCUUCUGACAGACUUGCUUUUGUUUGUAACCCAUCACAUCUCACCAGUCUGCAUGUGGGUGUCUUCCACUUACAUGUAUGGAGUUCCAUAUCCAUAGUGGACACACCAAAGGUGACACAUAAUAUUUUGUUGCACUCAAUGUCAAUCCAUCUUACAAAUACACUUUUGUACCACUGUCACUGUUCAGUAGUACUGUUCUGGAUACAUGAUCCAUUUCCAGCAUUUGAUCUCCAGAGUAAGAGUUUUUCUUCAAAUCCUCAUGAUGGUGGUUGUUCCAUAUGCUUGCCACAAUCUUCUGUCUCAUCUUUUUGGUCUUCUUAUCAUUAUCCAUUUAGACACCUUCUCUGUUGUUUUUUCCAUCCUCCAUUCUGUUAAUAGAGGACUAUUGUAUAAUGAUGAUUACAUCAUGGGGUUGUGCAAUACAUUUGAUAUGUGUAGGGGUGGGAGUUUUGUUCAAGGUUUAUGGCAUGCACAGGAAUUUACAUGAAAGUGCAUACAAGAUAAUACCUCUUUGUUGUGAAGAGUGGUGAGUAUCUAUCUGAAAUACAUUUUCAGGCAAGGAAAAUGUUAACUUUCAUGUAGCUGUGAGAAUUUAAAGAAGGGUUUAUCACUAUUAUAAAAGAUAUUUUCAUAACUGUGUAUAGUAAAACACUUCACACAGCUCUGUGCUGUGCCCGUUAAAAGAUUCACAUUUUUGACACUAAUUAAUAUUGAUUUGAUUUUCAAGUGAAAAAACUUCCUAUUACAUCUUUAAAUUAAAUAAAGUUUACUUGAAAGGUAUUUUGAAACAUCAAAAUUAUAAUCCAAAUUUAUUUUAUUAAAAGUUAAAGGCAGUUAAAUGCAAUAAUAAAAAUUUUAAAUGAAAUAACAAACAGUAAUAAUUUAAAUUAUUCACUAAGUGGCAUUUAUUCCAAAAAAUUGAAUUCACAAGUUUAAAGAUAAGUUGAUAUUUACACGUGACAAGUUCAUUUUAGUUGAUCUUAUUCAGUUCAGUCUGUAAGUAGCAUUUAUAAAUAAUGUAAAUUUUAUACAGAAGGCUUUUGUGAAUUGUUAGAUGGGUUUGCAGCUGUGAACAAAAAUAGUUCACUUCAUACUCAUACAUUUUCAAGUUGUUUAAAUAACCUUGGGUUCCAGAGCCAGUGGUCUGGUAAUUAGGUCAUUCAACUUGCAAUCUGUGGAUUACAGGAUCGAAACCUGUUACUGAACAUGCACACUCUUUCAGCUAUAGGGGCUUGAUAAUAUGAAAGUUAAUCCCAUUAUCUGUUGGUAAAAAGUAGCUCCAAGAGUUGGGGGUGGGUGAUGUUGACUAACAGUCUUACUUCUAGUCCUGUCACUUCUAAAUUAGGGACAGCUAUCAUAGAUGGCCCUUAGUCUUUGCAUGAAAUGAAACAAAAACAAAAUUCAGAAUUGACUGACAUUUCUGUGAUAACUUCACAGGCCCGAGAAUGACUGAGUCUAACAUAUACUAUAGGAAGUGCUGAUAAUCUAAGCUAUUUGUACUUUAAUGAUGUAGGCCUAGGUUAAGGUGAUGUUUAAAAAUGAAAAGAAAUAACACACCUAGUCAUAACAAGCAUGCUUAUUAUAAUGUGAGGUGUACUGUAUGUUCAAAUUCAGAAAUAAACCCAACAUAAAACAAGA